UUCCUCCUCCCUGACUGAACUGUGUUGGUUUGUGAGUGUUUGGGUCACAGCAGUAAGCCGCCCACCAACCUGACAACGCCACAUGGAGAGAGAGCUGUCAGUGGACCAGAGGGAAGUUUGAACAAGAGGGUCACAGUUGCCACUGAGUGUGGGACAUGGAGCUGAAGGUGUGGGUAGAUGGUGUUGUCAGAGUGGUUUCUGGUCUUUCUCUGAACACUUCCUGUCAGGAUGUGGUCAUUGCUCUUGCACAGUCCAUAGGUCAGACUGGUCGUUAUAUCCUGAUCUUGAAGUUACGGGGAAAUGAGAGACACUUGGUUGCUGAGGACUGUCCACUGCAGCACCUGGCUCAGCUGGGGCAGCUGGCUGCAGAUGUCCAGUUUGUUCUGAGGAGGACCGGCCCCAGCCUUAGCGCAAGCCAAGAGGCCAUCGCUGCAUCGAGAAACAAUGAGAAACAUCUUCCCCUGGCCCGACCGGCAGAGCCAGAGACCCUCAAACGCAACGAGCCCCAGAAAGCUUUUACCUUCAAUCUGGGUCCAUCAACGAUUCCCAAAAGGACUAAACCAAACACGGCCUGGUCUCAGUCGUCCAGAGCUUCACCUGAACCUCGCGCUUCACCUGUGAAUUUCCUGGAGCCUCACAACUCUUCCAAAGAAGAGGUUUUCAGGCAUAUUCUUCAACAACAGAGGAAGCUGCAAGACCUGGAGAUUCAGCUUGAAGCUCUGGAGAAGGAGACGGAGUUUUGGGAGCGAGAGGUGUCGUCUUCAGCAACUCCUGAUCUGAGCCUCACCAAAGAGCUGGAUGAGCUGGAGCUGCGGUCGAGGGAGAAUGAGGCAGAGCUGAUGUACAGUGAACACUGGGAGCAGGAUUUACAAGAAGAGUUGGAAAGAGAACAAGAAAUGCAGAGGCGCCUAAACCAAAUACACUCAUCGAUAAAUGAUCAAACUUACGAGAUCAGAGCAAUGCAAACACGCUCUGUACAUCUAGAACAGGACAUCAAAACUAGAAUCCAGAGGCAGAUCUCUGAGGCAGCCAGUCAGCAGGACGACGAGACCCUGAGACCCCUGAAGCAGGAACUCCUCAAUCGCCUGCAGUUCGGAGAAGAACUGGACUCAGCGCUGUGGGAGACACAGAGGGAGCUUCAAGCUGCAGACGAAAGGGUAAAGGGCAGAUCUGAGACCAUUGAGGAGCUGAAUAAGGAGCUGAGACAGUGCAAACUGCAGCACUUCAUCCAGCAAACAGGCAUAACUCCACACACAGACCAGACAAACCCGCCUCCGGUCGACAACGUCUACAUCCGAAACUCGGGGAUUAUGGAAUAAAACCUGUGGGACUCAUAACUGUAUGUCUGCAGAUUGUUUUGUAAUGAAUUCAUCUGUUGGAUAUAACUAUCAUCUCAGAGCAAACAGUGUAAUUUAUAUGGUGGAAAGUCAUUCACAAACAUUGUUUUCAUUUAUUUUAAAAGUAUGGCACAACUGUCACAUGAAUAGAAUGGGAAAACAGUUUGUACCCCCCCCCCAAAAAAAAAAAAAAUGGAUGAGAGAAACUAUUCAAUAUAAUUGUUGAAUUAACAAGA